CUCUGGCGCGUAUGCGAGCCGAAAGCAAUCUGCGGAGACCCUAGGGGACGUCGGUGUGAACGCAGUGGGCAGACCCCACUCGGGACUUCCGCUGAGUUCCAGCGGGUGUAGUGGGAGAAGCAUUCCCGGGGAGCCUCAGGCUUCGCCGCGGGGACUGAGUGUCUCUUGGCCUGAGGGCAGCGUGCUGAGCGAUCUAACCCAGCAGGGAAGCUCCUCUCGCCUCCAUCUGGGUCAGGCACUUUAAACCGAAGCCGACUUGACCAUGUGUCUGGCGCGAUGAGGACCCCCGAGAACUUGGAGGAGCCUAGCGCCACGCCAAACCCCAGCAGGACCCCCACGGAGAGAUUCGUUUAUCUGGAAGCGCUCCUAGAGGGAGGGGCUCCCUGGGGCUUCACCCUGAAAGGUGGCCUGGAGCAUGGAGAACCGUUAAUCAUUUCCAAGAUUGAAGAAGGGGGCAAAGCUGACUCGGUGAGCUCUGGACUGCAAGCUGGGGACGAAGUAAUACACAUCAAUGAAGUGGUGCUGAGCAGUUCCAGGAGAGAGGCUGUCUCCCUGGUGAAAGGGUCCUACAAGACCCUCCGGCUAGUGGUGCGCAGAGACGUGUGUGCGGCCCCAGGCCAUGCAGACCCUGGUACCUCUGAGUCCCUCAGCUCAGAGCUGCUCACCUGCAGUCCCCAGCACCGGAAGGCAACAUGGUCGGGAGGGGUGAAGCUUCGGCUAAAGCAGAGGUGCAGUGAGCCUGUCGCUCGUCCUCAUUCGUGGCAUACCACCAAAUUUGGAGAGACACAGCCUGAUGUCAGCAUGAUGCAGAUAUCUCAGGGCACAAUGGGCCCUCCUUGGCACCAGAACUACCAUUCCAGCUCUUCGACGAGUGACCUCUCCAACUAUGACCAUGCUUAUCUGAGGCGGAGCCCUGACCAGUGCAGCUCCCAGGGGAGCAUGGAAAGCCUGGAGCCCAGUGGCGGAUACCCACCCUGCCAUCUCCUUUCUCCUGCCAAGUCCACGAGCAGCAUCGACCAGCUAGGCCACCUUCAUAACAAAAGAGACUCGGCAUAUAGCUCCUUCUCCACCAGUUCGAGCAUCUUCGAAUACCCACCCCCCGGAGGCUCUGCCCGAGAACGUUCGGGUUCCAUGGACAUGAUUAAUGCCCGUGGUGGCCUCCUAGAAGGGAUGAGGCAGGCAGACAUCCGCUACGUCAAGACGGUCUAUGAUACCCGGAGGGGAGUGUCUUCAGAGUAUGAGGUGAACCCUUCAGCCUUGCUCCUUCAAGGUAGGGAUGCCCACGCCUCAGCCGACAGUCAGGGCUGUGCUAAAUGGCACAGCAUUCCUCGGGGCAAGGGAACGCCUUCCCUGUCUUGGAGCCAGCAGUGUUCUGGUUCCCUGGAGACUGCUACUGACAACCCGCCCCAGAAGGCAGGCGCACCCAUGCCCCCCACCCGAAGUGAUAGCUAUGCAGCCUUCCGGCAUCGCGAGCGUCCCAGCUCCUGGUCCAGCCUUGAUCAGAAAAGGUUCUGCCGGCCUCAGACAAACUCUUCAGGCUCCCAGAAAACCCCAUUCGCCGAGGACCAGCUGCAUACAGUCCCAGAGAGGAGUCCAGAGAACAGCCCUCCAGUGAAACCUAAGCAUAAUUAUACCCAGAAGGCGCAGCCUGGCCAACCUCUGCUGCCCACUGGCAUCUAUCCGGUACCUUCUCCAGAGCCUCACUUUGCCCAGGUGCCCCAGCCCUCUGUGAGCAGUAAUGGCACGGUCUACCCUGCGCUAGUCAAAGAGAGUGGAUACACAGCUGCUCAGGGAACCUGUAACAAGAUGGCUACUUUAGAUGAGAACGGCAAUCAGAAUGAAGCUAGCAGGCCUGGGUUUGCCUUCUGUCAGCCCCUAGAACACGACUCGGUGUCUCCGGUGGAGAAAAGGCCUGAACCCACAGCCAAAUACAUCUACAAAGUCCAUUUUUCUUCAGUGCCUGAAAAUGAAGACUCCUCCCUAAAGAGACACGUCACACCUCCCCACGGCCAUAGCCCAUAUCCCAGCGAGAGAAAGAACAUUCACGGUGGCAGCAGACCGAGUUCCAAUCACCACAGUCUCUUGUCCCCUCCGGCCCAGGCCCUGCACAUGGGUGACGACAAGAGGCCUUCCAGGCUCUCUCAGCCCUGGGAGGGUGACUUUCAGGAAGAUCACAAUGCGAACCUCAGGCAGAAAGUGGAGAGGGAGGGCCAAUCAGGCAGCUCUGGCAGGACCAGAUCGGCCUUCUCAUCGCUCCAGAAUAUUCCAGGGAGUCUAAGAAGACAAAGUAGCAUGGAGCUCGGAGAAGCCCCAGAGGUUCACCCCGGGGGCAGGGCCACCUGUGUCCCCACCACCAAGGUGGAGGACCCUGGAAGGAAAGCAGGGCCGGACAUCAGGGGCUACCUGGACAGAUCUGUUUCCUAUCCGAGGCCCGAGGGGAAAAUGAACGCUGCAGACUCCGUCCACGGUGCAGACUCCAGGUAUGAGGAGCCCCCUGCCCCAGCGCUGCCGUCGACAUCCGCUGCCAGCCAGCGGCGGCUCAGCACCAGCAGCGCCAGCAGCAGCACCGCCCCGCAGUACAGGAAGCCGCACUGCUCCGUGCUGGAGAAGGUUUCCAGGAUAGAGGAGCGCGAGCAAGGGCGCCACGGACCCCCGAGCGUGGGCAGCUCCGCUUACAGGCCUGGCAGGCCCGGCCCGACCUCCAGUACUUCCAGCAGUGACCUCGACGAUCCAAAAGCCGGCAGCGUCCAUGUCUCGGAGUCCACUGAGCGCUUGCGUAAUGGGGAGCAGAACCCCGCUAACGGAGAGGCCAAGCAGGCAGAGGCUUCCCGGCCCCAGUGCGGCCAGGCGCUGCGGAGGGCUGCUGUGGACGGCCGUGGACCUCCCACCCGAGGCGGCGAGCCCCCCAGGUCGGAGGCCCGCCUGCUCCGCAGCCAGAGCACCUUUCAGCUCUACAGCGAGGCGGACAGGGAAGCCUCGUGGUCGGAGGACAGGCCCGGCACCCCCGAGUCGCCCCUGCUCGACGCACCCUUCAGCCGCGCCUACAGGAACAGCAUCAAGGACGCCCAGUCCCGCGUCCUGGGGGCCACGUCGUUCCGUCGCCGAGACCUGGAACCGGGCACCCCUGCCGCCUCGAGGCCCUGGCGCCCGCGACCCGCCUCCGCCCACGUGGGGAUGCGGAGCCCUGAGGCCGCGGCGCCCUCGUCCUCCCCGCACACCCCUCGGGAGCGACACAGCGUGACCCCGGCCGCGCCGCAGGCUGCCCGCCGAGGUCCACGCCGGCGCCUCACCGUCGAGCAGAAGAAGCGCUCCUACUCGGAGCCCGAGAAGAUAAACGAGGUGGGGGUCUCGGAGGAGGCCGAGCCCGCGCCCGGCGGCCCGCCGAGGCCCGCACAGCCGCGCUUCUCGGAGAGCACGGUGGCCGACCGGCGCCGCAUCUUCGAGCGCGACGUCAAGGCCUGCUCCACGCUCAGCCUGUCGGGGCCCGAGCUCAAGCAGUUCCAGCAGAGCGCCCUGGCCGACUACAUCCAGCGCAAGACCGGUAAGCGGCCCGCCGGAGCCGCCUGCACGCUGGAGGCCGGGUCGCGCGAGCGCGCACAGAGCGCCUACCUCCAGGCCGGCCCUGCGCCCGAUGGCCCCGGCCUGGCCUCCGCCUGCAGCCUGAGCUCCCUGCGAGAGCCCGAGGCGCUGCCCUGCAAGGAGCACCCCCAUCCGUCGGCCGCCGAUGGCUCGCAGGCGCCCCGAGAUCGCAGCAGCUCCUUCGCCAGCGGACACCUAGUCGGGGAGCGACAACGCUGGGACCCUCAGGCCCCCAGGCAGCUGCUCAGCCGAGUGCACUGCGGACCGAGGGGCGUCCCGAGGAUGGACGGGGUCCCCGGCCGGCCGCCUUCCUGGGGCAUGGUCGCCGGGAAGGCCGGGAAGUCCAAGUCAGCCGAGGAUCUGCUGGAGCGCUCCGAUACCCUGGCGGUCCCUGUGCAUGUGAGGUCCAGGUCGUCUCCCACCUCGGACAAGAAAGGUCAGGAUGUGCUCCUGAGGGAAGACGGCGGCUUUGGUUUUGUGAAGGAUCCAUGCUGUUUGGCUGGCCCUGGGUCUAGGUCUCUCAGCUGCUCAGACAAAGGCCAAGAGGACCUGGCAUUGCCCCUGCACCACCCUACACCCUGCUGGAAUGGCUCAGGCUGCAAAGCCACUGUGGGCCCCUCAGCUCCUACCGAAUCCAGAGCCGCAGAUCAUCUGAAGCAACGUAGAGCACCUGGCCCUAGGCCACUCUCGACAGCAAUGCACGGCCACUUCCCAGAUGCCAGAGCUGCCUCCGUGGCCUCACUCAGCUCCCCUCUGCCAUCACCUGUCCCCUCCAGUUACCGGUCACAGCUUGCCAUCGAUCAGCAGGCUGGGCAUCUGCCUCCCCCAUCCCCUGCCUCUGCAGUGACCCAGUCUGCCAGCCCAAGAAGCCAUGAGCUCACCAGCCCAGCGUCUGGGCUAGAGGAGGGGCUGUGGAAGAGGGCGUCCGUGCCUCAGCGACCCCCUUCACCUUGGGUGAAGUGGGCCCACGCGGUCAGAGAGGACGGCCUUGCCGAGGACGCCUCGGCGCCUGAGUUUGCGAACCUGAAGCACUGUAAAAAGCAGCCGAGUCUUCCGAGUUCCCGCAGCACUUCUGACCCAGACACUCCAGGAAGGAUCUCUCUCCGAAUAUCGGAGUCGGCCCUGCAACCUUCCCCACCACCCCGGGGGGACUAUGACGAUGAAGUGUUCGUGAAGGACUUGCACCCCAAGGUUACUUCAAGUCCCACAUUUGAAGCUCUUCCCCCACCCCCACCCCCACCCCCACCGCCACCGAGCCAGGAACCUCUAGCGAAUGGCGCAGACGACUUUCCUCCGCCUCCUCCCCAAGCCCUGUGUGAGGUACUGCUGGAUGGUGAGGCAUCCACAGAAGCUGGCAGCGGUUCCUGCAGAAUUCCCAGGGUGACAGUCACAAGGGAAGGGCAUGUGUCUGGGGCAGCCCAUUCUGAAGGUAGUCAGAUAAUGACUGCCACAUCACUCCAAACCUCGGCCAAAGAUUCAGAAGCCGAGUCCAACACGCCUUCCAGCGCGAGUGGCCAGCCUCAGCUCAAUGGUCCUCCUGGCAGGCAGCCCUGUCCCAGCCAGACCCGAAACCUCACUUAUGAACCUGUCAUCAGAACUCAGGAUCUAGGAAAGAAAACUCAUGCCGAGCCCCAGAAGACCUCAGAAGAUAUCCGAACAGAGGCUCUUGCCAAAGAAAUUGUCCACCAAGACAAGUCUCUGGCAGACAUUUUGGAUCCUGACUCCAGGAUGAAGACAACGAUGGACCUGAUGGAGGGUUUGUUCCCCAGAGAUGCCAGUGUGCUGAUGGACAGUGGCGCAAAGAAGAAAGCCUUAGUAGACAUCACCGCCAGGCACGGAGGAUGUGAAGCCAAGGCGAGCGACCACAAGGAGGCAGUGGGUGUGCUGGUCAACUGUCCUGCCUACUACAGUGUCUCCGCUGCCAAGGCGGAGCUGCUCAACAAAAUCAAGGACCUGCCCGAGGAGCUGCAGGAGGAGGAGGGGCAGGAGGACGUCAACGAGAAAAAGGCUGAGCUCAUCGGAAGCCUCACCCACAAGCUGGAGACCCUCCAGGAAGCAAAGGGGAGCCUGCUCAUGGACAUCAAGCUGAACAACGCCUUGGGAGAAGAGGUGGAGGCUCUGAUCAGUGAGCUCUGCAAACCCAACGAGUUUGACAAGUACAAGAUGUUUAUAGGGGACCUGGACAAGGUGGUCAACCUGCUGCUGUCCCUGUCUGGACGCCUGGCCCGCGUGGAGAAUGUCCUCAGAGGCCUUGGUGAAGACGCCAGUAAAGAGGAAAGGAGUUCUCUGAACGAGAAAAGGAAGGUUCUGGCUGGCCAGCAUGAGGACGCGCGGGAGCUCAAGGAGAACCUGGACCGGAGGGAGCGCGUGGUGCUGGAUAUCCUGGCCAAUUACCUGUCCGCCGAGCAGCUGCAGGACUACCAGCACUUUGUGAAGAUGAAGUCCACGCUCCUCAUUGAGCAGCGCAAGCUGGAUGACAAGAUAAAGCUGGGCCAGGAGCAGGUCAGGUGUCUGCUGGAGUCGCUUCCCUCGGACUUCAGGCCCAAGGCAGGGGCCAUCUCCCUCCCCCCAGCCCUCACCGGCCAUGUGACUCCUGGGGGGACAUCUGUAUUUGGUGGCAUUUUCCCUACGUUGGCCUCCCCUCUUUAACCUCUCUGAAAGACCCGGGGAAAGAUGCCACUUUCAACACUGUUUAAUCCGAAGGCUACUUCACUACAAACUGCGGUUUGAGUUGUGGGUUUUUGGGGGCUUCCUGAAUAACAGGAAGAGACUAUCCAGGGAUCUUUGCCUUUCACAGUUGGUCUUCUGCAAGCUCUCAAGCUCUGUGGAAGAAAGUUGGUGACCUGUGGCCUGAUGGAGGGUGUCUGGCACAGGUUUCCCCAGGCUGAGGUGGUGGAAUGAGUGUGUGGCACCCUCAGGAAUGUAUCCACAGCGGCCUUACUUGCUGGUGGGCAGUGCACCCUGAUACCAGGGCACAAGUACCAGUCUGCAACACAAAGCCUUAAAAAGACACACACAUGUUAAGAAAACUGUAAAACCCCUGAACGUUUUUGUUAUUUAUAUUUUUAAAAAUGAAAAAGAUCGUUAUGUUUGUGUGCUAACGACUUACUUGAUUCUAUUUUGUGGUGGAUGUAGGCAAUUAUGUUUGUGCUUUGUAUUUCGUGAAAACCUUAAUGAAGAAUUCCAAAGAUAGUCAAAUUGAAUAUGGAG